UCGAUAGAUAGCCCAUCGACAUUCCCCUCCUCUCCUUCUCCGUCCCACGACUCCCACCUCGCGCAUACUCCUUUCAUUGCUCCUUUGCCGGCCGAGAGUCAUCAAGAAGGGCGGAGGAUCAUCGGAAGUGGAGGAAAUGACGAUGGAGUGGUCUGACGGCGGCGAGGACUUCCUGCUGCCCGACGAGUUCCUCGACGACGACUUCUUCUCCGAGGAGGAGAAGGCGGCCGUGGCCGCGCGCAGCGAGAGCGACGAGGAGGACUCCAUGGCCGGCCUCUCCCGCCGCCUCGCCGGCCUCCUCGGUGACGGUGGCCUCGCUGUCCCGCCUCCCAAGGAGGAGGUGAGUUCCGGGUCCCCGAAAUCCACGCUGUAUGGCCUGCCCAAGUCCGGCCAGGAGAGCCCCAACGGCGGCGCGUCGCAGGGCAACUCCCCGCCGUCCUCGCCGCUGGAGCAGAAGCCGACCGACCCGUGGGACCUCCUGUACGAGGCUGCCGGCGAGGUGGCGCGCAUGCGCGUGAACAACACAGUCCCUGUCCCGAGUAACCCGUACGGCUUCCACGGCCACGCUGGCUUCGCGCCGCCGCCGCGCAACACUUCACCGCCUCCUCCCGUGGCAGCACCAGCCGGCGGCGCGUACUACCACCCGUUCGCCCACUUCAUCACGCAGCGCCAGAUACAGGCGGCCAGGUUCCAUCUCCUGAAACAGCAGCAGCUCCUCAAGCAGCAGCGGGAGCGGCAGCUCUUCGCGGCCGCCGCCUGGGGCGUGCGCCGCAACGCCGCAGUCAAAAGGCCAAGCGGCGGCGGCAGCGGCGCAGCGCCCAUCGACCUUAGCCCGGCGGCGUUUCCACCGCUCCUGAAGACGCAGCUGCAGCGCGCGCCGCCACCUCCCCCACACGCCGCCGGCGCCGGCAUGCGCGCCGUGUUCCUCACCCCGCCGGGCGCCAAGCGCGAGCGCAACGGCACCGGCGUCUUCCUCCCGCGGCCGGCCGGCGCGCCCGCGGAGCCCAAGAAGAAGACAAGCUGCUCGACGGUUCUUGUCCCCGCCCGUGUCGUGCAGGCCCUGAAUCUCAACCUCGACGACCUCGGCGCCCAGCCGCGCUACCCCGGCGGCUUCGUUCUCGACCACGAUGCUUUGAUUAGUCGGAGCAACGCCAUGAUCGCAAGCCAGAAGCUUCGGGCAGCGCAGUCUUCCUCGCCGCCGCAACCCUCCCAGGCGCUCUGCCACAGCUCGUGAACCCAGUCGCCGGCCGGAGCAGUUGGAGGGAGGAGCCACCGUUGAAGCGGCAACGUCUCUGCAUCUGCUCUUGGUCUAGUUUAAUAAUAAUUUCAACAAUAAAAAUCGGUACCGGUACGUUGUGUUAGGUCGUAGUACUAGCAAUAUAAGUAGGAUUAAGCAGUAGUGUAGCGUCAGGAUUUUUAGGUGCGUUCUCAUUUUGGAUUGGUGAUACAUUGUUUUUUGGGUGAAGCGGCGGGGCAUGGAUGACGAACGAAGAAAUCCAUGUCCUGCUAGUUUGGUUCGUAGAAAUAAUAAGUGGUACUUUUGGAGUUGAGAGAGAUGUUGAAUCGGUUUGUAGUAAGAAAGAAGAUAAAUGUUGAGUGGAACUGGGCUAAUCUUGCAGAAGCAGAAAUAAAGAGACCCUUUUUCUUU